AUGACGGUUGAUUUAGACCAAUAUGCCAAACCUGGUAAAGAUUACUAUCUUGCUUUAGGUCUCGAAGGUUCUGCCAAUAAACUAGGCGUUGGUGUUAUAAAACACAACCUAGGACAACUUUCGUUAGAUAAUAGAGCUGAAAUAUUGUCCAACGUUAGGGAUACUUACGUAACUCCUCCUGGAGAAGGAUUUUUACCAAGAGAUACAGCACGUCAUCAUAGAAAUUGGGCUGUUCGUAUAAUCAAAAAAGCAUUAAUUGAAGCAAAGGUGAAAGGUAGCGACCUUGAUUGUAUUUGCUUUACUCAAGGACCAGGUAUGGGUGCACCUCUACAGAGUGUAGUUAUUGCAGCAAGGACAUUAUCACAAUUAUGGGAUUUGCCAUUGGUGGGUGUGAACCAUUGUGUUGGUCAUAUUGAAAUGGGUAGAGAAAUAACUGGAGCUGAUAACCCAGUCGUAUUGUAUGUGAGUGGAGGAAAUACCCAAGUCAUUGCAUAUUCCAGACAAAGAUAUAGAAUAUUUGGCGAAACUUUGGAUAUUGCUAUAGGAAAUUGUCUAGAUCGUUUCGCUAGAACUUUACGAAUCCCUAACGAACCAGCACCAGGGUAUAAUAUUGAACAAAUGGCAAAAAAGGGGAAACAUUUGGUACCUUUGCCUUAUACUGUUAAAGGAAUGGAUUUAUCAAUGUCUGGUAUCUUAGCUCAUGUUGAUUCUUUAGCAAAAGAUUUAUUUGCUGAAAAUAAAAACAAAAAAUUAAUCGAUGACGAAACAGGAGAGCAAAUUACAUCUGAAGAUCUUUGCUUUUCUCUUCAAGAGACAUUAUUUUCGAUGCUCGUAGAAAUAACAGAGAGAGCUAUGGCCCAUGUACAAAGUAAUCAAGUAUUAAUAGUUGGGGGUGUCGGCUCCAAUGAAAGAUUACAACAAAUGAUGGAAUUAAUGGUUAAUGACAGGAAAAAUGGGUCAAUUUUUGCAACUGACGAGAGAUUUUGUAUUGAUAAUGGUAUAAUGAUUGCUCAUGCUGGUUUGUUAGGUUAUAGAAUGGGACAAACUAAUGAAUUAUGGAACACUGUCUGCACUCAGAGAUUCAGAACUGAUGAGGUAUUCGUUAAAUGGAGGGAUGAUUAA